AUGACUAGCAAGAUUGUAGAGGAUUUCAUUGAUCAGGAUCCAUUUUUGAAAGAAAUUUUUAGCUUUUAGAAGGAAAAAGGAUACAUUAAAAAAAGAUCAUCAAAGCCAAUUAUCUAAGAUAUAUCAAUUUUGGAUGAAUAAGGAGAUGAAAAGUUAGCUAGAAUAAAGUUAGAACAAAAAGAGCAGAAAUAGGAAAGUGGAUACGAUCAAUUUGAUAAAUUAGAAGACGUUCCUAAAAUAAAAGAUUUGAAGCAAUCCAAUCCAUUUAAGAUUGAUUUUUUAAAAGAAAUUCAAAAAUUAGUAGAGUAAAAUGUUAUCAUUAAAAUUUCAAUCAGAUCAUUGCAAGAGAAGCUACAGAUGUCUCUGAUUUCAGUAGAAAAUGAACAGCUUAGCAGAUAUAUUUUUUACUACCUAGUAUCAUUUUAAAUUCCUCAAAUAUUCGAAUUAUCUCCUGAAACUUUACAAGAAUUUACAGAUGCUAAGGUCUACAUCAAACAGAAAAUGGCUAAAAAAUACUUAAAAACUUUCACUCGUCUUCCAAAACCAAAAGAUUAACUAAUUCACUACUUGCUUUUCACUGAUAUUUAUCUAGCUAACAUGCUUUGCUUUAAAAUAUUCAAGAGCGAAAAGGAAAAGUUUAACAUUUGUUUCCUCUUUAACAGUAUUCAUUUAAUCGUGUAUGAAACAACUGGAAUGUUUGUGUCAGAAUCCUACAUACAUACAAGCAUUGACAGAUUGUUUACUUCAAAAUUUAUGGAAUAUGAGAGAGAAGAAUAUGUCCGCAUUUAGAAGUUAAUAAACUAGCAAAAUAAAAUUAAAGAUGAACAAUUUUUAGGGUUUUAGCUUCCAAAGCUACAAGAAAACACAAUUAUAGAUUCUAAUUUUCAAGAUUAUUUAUCUAAGAUGCUAAAUCGCAAAAAGUAGACAAGAAAAAGAUGUGUGUCUCAGACUUCUUUCUCAAAAUCAAGAAUAAUGAGAGAUGAUUCUAUUUCUUAAGCACCUUCAUCAAACCACUAAUCUUUUUCUAUAACAUAGCCUCUUUUGCAAUCAAGGAGCGAAAAGAGAAGCAUUUCUCAUCAGAGAAUGAGCAAAACUUUAAAAGAAGAUGAAAACUCCCUCACGAACUAGAACAAAGUGGAUAUGCCCGAAUUAAUUGACUCUAUAAAAGAAUCAUAAAGCACAGAUAGAAAAUUUUCUAGGAGAAAUUUUAACUGCGCAAGCAUAGGUCCAGCAAUGAGCAAUGCUUUGAACAAGAAAGAAAGAGUGCUUGUUGGUAUAUCUUAGAAUGUUCUUUAGCAUAGAAUUAACGUUACUGAUAUUGGAAGAGGAAAUUUGUAUUAAUUAUUAGAAGAUUUAAAAAAAGAAAGAUAGUAAAGAAAGGACUACAAACAAUAAGAUGUCUAGUAAAGGAAAAUAGAUUUGUUUUAAUAAUAUGGAUUGGAUUAUUAAGAUAAAAUUGCAUUAAGUAGAGAACACUAUAUAAAUAAAAAUGAUGAACUACAAAAGAAAUUUUUAGAGAACAUGAUUGAAAUGAACUACGUUUUAAGAAAGAAAAGAGAAAAAGCAAACACGCUGCCAUCUUCUGAGUAUACUAUUUAAAAUUUGAAGAGAUUAAAAUUUGAAUAUAUGUAAGAAGAAAUUCCUAAUUUCGAUUUAAAGAAAAUAAAUAUUGGAGGAGAUUAUUAAAACUAAACAAUUCAGCUAAUAAACAACACAACUGAUUAACCAGCUGAUAUCAACGAUCUUUAAUAAUAAAAGAGCGAAAUUCACCAAAGAUCGAUUAGCUUAUAGAAUUUGAAAAGAUAGCAAAGCGAAUAAGGAAGUAGUUUUCUUGAUUCCACCUAUUCAAUGAUUAGAAUGCCAAAAAUGAUUAAUCUAAACUAAAUUUUAGAAGAGGAUUCAGAAAGCACAAAAAAUGCUCCAACCAAUUAAGUUUAAAAUCAACAAAAUAAUGCUUCAAUCUUGAAAAAAAACGCUGGAAUUAUUAAGUAAGGAGAUUAGAUAAAUUAAAAUGAUAAAAAAUUUUCUCCGUAAAAAACAAUAAAUUUCAGUAAAAAUCUAACUUAGUCAAAUUUAAAUCACCAAAUGAGUAAAUCUUACUAUUAAAGAUAAUCAGAUAACAUGAAAAGUAAUAGAAAUUACUAAGAAGCAUAGUAAGAUAACACAAAAAGAAAGAACAGCACCAUCUUAAGAACAGAACCUUCUCCAAAUACAAAAAGGAUGAAUACUCAAACAACCUUCAGUCCCUCGAUGGAAAAGAAUUUAUCUUUCUCAUAAAAAUUAAAUAAUUUGAACAAAAAGUUGAAUUUAAAUGGGAACUCUGAUAAAGAUUCAUCUGAAUCUCCAAGAAAAGUGAAUGAUUUCAAUGAUGAGAUCUAUUCUUAGACAAAUAGAAAAAUCAAUACUGUGAUUAUCACAAAAGAUACAGGACCAUCAGAAGAAGAAAUAUACGACAAAUAUCACAAUAGAAUAGGUGGAGGAAAAAAUGUUUACGACUAAAUGAUCUUAGACCAAUAGAAAAAAAAUGUUUUAUAUAAAUCAAAUAAAUCAAAACUAGAAUAAAUGCAGUAAGACAUGAUCUUUAAGUAAGAAGACAAAGACAAAGAAUAUGAAAUAUUAUAAAACAGGUAUCAAAAAACCAUUAAAACCGCAUACAAAUCAAAAGAAGUUGCUAAAAAAAUGAAACUUAUAAGCCAUUAAGCAGAUAAAAUGAUAGAAAGACUAAAUUUUAAAUGA